GAGAGAGAGAGAGAGAGAGAGAGAGAGAGAGUAUUUUCUUUCCUGUGUAUGUAGAAUGCAAGAAUGGGCUGUUUUCAGUCGAAAACCGCCAACGUUCAGUCCCCAGACAAAGAACCCUCUCAACCCGACUCCAAACCAGAUCCAGCUAAUGGAGAUCAGUUGGAUCAAGAAAAUCAGGUGCCUGCAUUCAAGGAGUUUGGUUUGUCCGAGCUUCGAACUGCUACCAAUGGGUUCAACAGUGAAUUGAUAGUGUCGGAGAGUGGAGAGAAAGCUCCCAAUGUUGUUUAUAGAGGGAAGCUGAGGAACAACCGAUAUGUAGCCAUUAAACGCUUCUCCAAGCAGUCCUGGCCUGACCCUCAGCAGUUUGUGGUUGAAGCUGCUGGAGUUGGCAAGGUUCGUCAUAAGAGAUUGGUGAACUUAAUUGGGUGUUGUGCUGAGGGAGAUGAGCGUCUAUUGGUGGCAGAAUACAUGCCUCAUGAUACACUCUCAAAGCAUCUCUUUCAUUGGGAUAAACAACCUCUGCCAUGGGAAAUGCGUGUGAGAGUUGCAUACCAUAUUGCACAAGCUCUUGAUCAUUGCAAUGCUGAAAAUAGGAAAAUCUAUCAUGAUUUAAAUGCUUACAGAGUUCUUUUCGAUGAGGACGGUGACCCCCGAUUAUCAAGUUUUGGGCUUAUGAAAAAUAGCCGAGAUGGGAAAAGUUAUAGCACAAAUCUUGCUUAUACUCCACCAGAAUUUUUGCGUACUGGUAGGGUCAUUCCAGAAAGUGUGGCCUACAGUUACGGAACUGUUCUGCUGGACCUCUUGAGUGGAAAGCAUAUCCCUCCAAGCCAUGCACUAGAUUUGAUAAGGGGGAAAAACGCUUUGCUGCUGAUGGAUUCAUCCUUGGAAGGACAAUACGUUGAUGAAGAUGCAACUGCAUUGGUUGAACUUGCUUCAAAAUGUCUUCAAUACGAAGCCAGAGAUCGACCAGAUAUCAAGUUCCUUCUCACAGCUGUAGCACCCCUUCAGAAGCAGAAAGAGGUUGCAUCUCAUGUGUUGAUGGGUCUGACAAAGACUACAGUGGUGCUUCCAACCAUGCUUUCUCCUCUCGGCAAGGCGUGCGCCAGAAUGGACCUAACUGCUGUUCAUGACAUCUUGCUUAAAACAGGUUAUAAAGACGAAGAGGGUGCAGAAAAUGAGCUAUCGUUCCAAGAAUGGACUCAACAAGUACAAGAUAUGCUAAAUACUAAGAAGUUUGGGGAUAUUGCAUUUAGGGACAAAGAUUUCAAGAGCGCUAUUGACUACUAUUCAAAGCUGGUAUCAAUGAUGUCUGUCCCUUCUGGCACGAUCUUUGUGAGGCGAGCUCUCUCCUACUUGAUGAUUGGGCAACCGGAACUGGCAUUGAGGGAUGCAAUGCAGGCUCAGGUGUGCUUGCCGGAGUGGCCCACCGCCUUCUACAUGCAGGCUCUUGCUCUCUCCAAACUGGGAAUGGAAACUGAUGCCCAAGACAUGCUUAACGAUGGAGCCUCCUUUGAUGCCAAGAAACAAAACAGCUGGCGCAAUUAACUCACGACUGGGAAUCCUAAUCUGAAGGCUGAAAUAGAUUUAUGUGGAGGGGAAGACUUAGUGUGUUGUAGACAAAAAGUUCCAUAUACAAGUGUAUAAAGGUCUUAUAUUAGCGAAAAUAAGUAGAUUAGUUACUUAUCAAUGCCAUUUUGUUUUAGCUAUUUCUAUUCAGUCCCUGUUGUGCCGGGGUGAUUUUGGCGUGGGAAUUGGUUAGAACUUUUUGAUUAGGGUUUUUUAUAUAUUGAUGGAAGCCUAUUGCUAUGUCAAAGAAUUAUCUGCUAUACAUUAAUGUGGCAGUGCAGAUGAUGAGGUCAGUGUAAUUCAAGCUGCUGCUGCUGUUUGUAAUCCAAGUUGAUGGAUGUUGUUAGA